GUUCUUCCAAGGGCAUCUCAGGCCGACUCUUUUGUUUCUUUUACAACCGCAUUACCGUGAUUGCCCGUCGGUUCACUGCCGAUAAUGCGCUCGCCAAUUCGGGCUUCUCUGCGGCCUGCAUACAGCUCUUACAGCUCCACUCAUAUGUAGAACUACUAGACCGGCACUUUACUCUCAUGAAGCACCCGCUAUCCGUCGAAAAUGUCUAAGCAAAGGGCCUCCUGAUCACGCCGCCAACGUUUCAACGCCAAAUGCUGUGAUAACGACCUGCCCCAAACCUGUCCGACGUCCACACCUUGGAGACCCCAUCUGAUGCGCUCGAACAUCGAGAGCGCCCUGCAUAAGCGCCCGAAACUGUACAAAAGGGAUCGAGGCUGACAGCGAAAUGCAAAGUCCCCUUCUUCAAGUCCCCCGGUAUCAUGAACAGCAAGCCCGUCGAAAUGGCCACCCACCAGCCUGCUGCUGCCUACGACACGCCUCCGGCGUACCCUCAACCUCAAGGUCAACAACCGGUGCACCUUCACCCACCGCCACCGCAGCAGAUGACCGCGGCACAAGUGGGGGAGCAAUAUCGGGCAGAAUUGUUUGCGCAGUGCGCCCAGGGUGUACACGACCCAAAGACCAAGUACGGUGUAUGUGGAAUCAUCACCGCCGUGCUCUGUUUUCCUUGCGGGUUGAUUUGCCUCUUCACCGACACUGAACAACGAUGCACGCGCUGUGGCGUGAAAGUCCAGUAAUUCUGCUCCUCACAUGCGUUGCUGGUAACAUCUCAACCAGAAGCACCUACGUAUACUGCACUUCCCCUAGGGGGCGCUUCCUAUCACUAUAUUUAUGAGUCCUCCUCCAUGACUAGAUUGCUUUCACGAACCAUGUCAUCGUAUCGUAGCACAUCAGCAC